AUGUCGUGGUUCCUGCGCGGAGUCCAGAGCGCCGUCUUCCACUACGCCUCGUGUGCGCCCUGCACCGGCUACGCGGACGGCAGGAAACGGCAGCGAGAGGCCAAGCGCGCGCGCAAGGAGCGCGAGAAGCUGGUGCUGGAGCAGCCCGAGACGUACUACCACCCGGAGCCCACGGGCACGAACCCCUUCUGGGGCGAGGAGAUUGCGCUGGGCCCAGGGCCGCCGCCGCGACGUGCGCGCAGGACCAACACGCCCAAGGCCGACGCCCCGCGCGCCCUCAUCAGCCAGCACGGCAGCAGCGGCGACGGCGACGGCGACGGAGCCAAGCCGCAGCGCCUCAGCGACGACACCAUCGAGGACGACACGUGGAACCUCAAGCGCUACCAGCGGGAGGACGAGGACCUGUGGGGGCUCGACGCCGCGCCCCUGCCCGUCCGCCUGCAGCCCACGACCUCGAGCUCCUCGUCGAGCGGACUGGGCAGCGUGCUGGGCUACCGCGCCAGCCGCCCGCCCACCUCGCGCUCGGGCAGCUACUACUCGGCGCGCGCCCCGCCCGUCAACGACCUGCACCCGCCCGUCGUCAGCCUGCCGUCUCCCGAGGCCGCCGACAACCGCUGGAUGCUGCAGCCCCCGCCCACGGCGAGCGUCAUGUCCGGCAAGGCCCGCGCAACCCACCGCAGCCGCAGUGGCAGCGGCGCCAGCAGCCGCGUCGAGCUCAGUCUGCAGCGCCAGCUCAGCACCCGCCAGCUCAUGCACCGCCUCGACCGCAGCCACACGCAGGAGCUGGCCCCCAUGGCCCAAAUGGCCCUCGUGACCCCCCACGGCUCCUACACCGACCUCGUCUCCACCCAGCGCCGCAACCGAAGCAGGACGCCCCAGGCCCGGGCCCCCUCGUCCACCCGCUCGAGACGCCAGAAGCGCCGCGACACGGCCAUGGCCCUGAACAGGACCGACACGUCUGAAUCCCACAAGUCCCACAAGUCCCACAAGUCCCACAAGUCCCACAAGUCGCACAGGUCCCACAGCUCGUCGCGCGACCCCUCCCUAAGAGGCCGCACCACACCCCCCACCACCACCUCACGCUCCGUCUCGCUGCGCCAGAGCCGGCCCGUCCUCUCCACCGUCGUCUCCAGCGGCUCGGCCGAGCACGCCUACCCAUCCCACCCGCAGAGCAGCGACGAGAACGCGCUGCCCGAGAAGCCCAGCCCGGCCCACUACCGCUACACAAUGCACGCGUCCGACCGCUACACGACACACCCGUCCGACCGCUACACGACACACCCGUCCGACCGCUACACGACACACCCGUCCGACCGCUACACGACACACCCGUCCGACCGCUACACGACACACUUGUCCGACUCCCUCCCCGCCCCGCGCAACCAGUCCCGCCGCGCCCCCCUCAACUCGUCCGACCUCUCCUCCCUCAACUGCCUCCAAGACACCGUCUCGCCCCGCGCCCUGCUCACCUCGCGCUUCGUCUCGGCCCCGCUCGUCGAAGCCAAGAUCCGCCUCCCCCCCUCGCACGACGACCUGGCCGCCAGCGCCCGCGACGAGUGGAACGGCAGUGGCCGCGGCCGUGGUGGUGUUUUUGGCGUCGAGCCCAUGCGCGCCCCCUUUGACAGCCGCGGUGUUGUCGAGAGGGAUCCGAGGCUGCGCUGGAGUGUGGACUUUUGA